AUGUCCUCUGUUAAAAAUACGCAAGAAUUAGAAGAAAUUAUAACAGCAAAAGCUGAAAAACGUUUGAAUGUUAUGAAUGAGUUGGAAACAACUGAGCUGGAUUACGUCAUGUGUUUAGAAUUGUGUUACAACUUGUUUCAUGACAAAGAUGCCUACGACUGUCCCACAAAUCUUGAUGUAGAUGCUUUGUUUGGAAAUAUGCUCCAAAUUAUAAAUCUUUCCAAGAAUUUUCAUACAAUGUUGAAGAAAUGUUCUCAAGUUAUUUCUUGUUUUUUAGAACUGGAAAAUGAUUUUAAGCGAGUCUACACACAAUACUGCAGGAACCAUGAUAAUGUUAUUGCGCUGCUUGAAAAAUAUGAUGUUGAUGAAGAAUGCCAGAAUUUUAUGCAGAGGAUGAUGCAAAAAAUGAAAUCGAAGAUGGUCGUUUUUGAUUUGGGGUCCAUCCUCAUCAAGCCUGUUCAAAGAAUUCUUAAAUACCCGCUCCUUCUCAGUGAAUUAGAUAAGGUUUUUUAA